AUGUCUGUCAUCUUCCUAGAAACUAGGCAAGACUUCGAUAGUCUGCUGCAGAAUAACCGAUACGUAGCCGUUGUCUUCAGUGCCGUUUGGUGCGGCCCUUGCAAAGCCGUGUCGCCAAUUUUCGAGGCUCACGCAAAAGAGAAGUCUCCGCAGAUCUCCUUUGCUAAGAUCGACGUCGACAUAGUGCCGGAAGUUGCAGCGCAGUACAAGGUUGCUUCUAUUCCAACAUUCUUAUUAAUCAAAGACGGACAAGUAGUCGACAGAGUACCUAAUAGUGCGCUAAAGGCACUCAAGGUAGCGAUCGAAAGAUUUGUG